AUGUCUGAUUAUUAGAUUAAAUAUUAGGAAAUCAAAGGGAGUCUAGUACUUCUCUUGUAAUAAAAUAAUUUACUUAAAUAAUAACUCAAAGAAGCAAAUGAAUCAGUUUUAGAAAAAUAAUAUUUAAAAGAAUCAUGGACAAAAGAAGUCUAAAAGGUCUAAAAUACUAUAAAUUAAUUGUCUUAUGAUAAUCAAAGUAAAAUUGAAUUUUACUCUAGAUUUCUAAUAAGAAAAUGAAUAACUCAUUAAAAAUUGUUAAGAGUUUUCUUAUCUUAUUUAAUAAUAAGUUGAUUAGAUUAUAACUCUAAAGGAAUAAAAUGAAAAACUCAUAAUAUAAUUAGAUUAAAGUAGAUAAUCAGAUUUAUAAAAAGAUACUACUAUUAAAUAAUAGAAAGAAGAAUUUAAUAAAUAAUUAGCAUUAUAAUAAUCAUAGCAUUUUGAUGAAAUUAAAAAAAUACAAAGUAUAAUUGAGAAUUAAAGUUAAUUAAUCAAAUCAUUUGAAAAAUUGAAUGAGAUUGAAAAAUUAGACACCUAGAAUUCAUUCUAUUAACAAUAAAUGGUUGUUGAAGAUUAAAUGAUGGAAUUAAGAAAUAGAAACAUCAUUUUAACAAAUAAAAUUAAUGAAGAAAAAUAGAAAUAUGAUUAACUCUUUAAAUAACACAAAGAUGAAAUUCUUAAAUUAUAAGGUGUAAUAAAAGAUUAAAAAGAAUUACUUUCUCAUUAUGAAAAAAUAAUGA